UCUUCUUCUUCUUCCCGCUGCAGCCAAAAAAAAAAGGGAACCCAGCCAGCCUUUGAGAAACCGGUAAAGCUUGAUGAUUUUUCCCCCCCUUUUCUUGUUCUAGAACCUGAUUUGGAACCCAGAAAUUCUCCCCCCUGCAUGAAGCUUUCGAAUCUGCCUUGCUCUGCUCCUCACCGUCCGGCUGCUCCUGCUUUAUGGGGGCGAAUUGCCUUGAUUUUUCGAUUGCGUGAUUCUCCUUUGCACUUGCCGCCGGCCUUCCCCAAUCUGCAGCUCUGGUUUUAGCUGGAGAAUUAUGGUUCUUGAUCGUUCUGUCAAUUAGCACUGAAAUUGAGUGCUCGGUUUUAUGCAAGUGAGGAAAUGAAACCGAGGACGGGGAAACCAUGGGAAGUGAUGAGUUAGAAAGCUAGCCAUUUCGAGAUUGAUAUAGACUUUAGAAAUAGAUCAUGAUCUUGUAUUUGGAGAUAUUAUUGGAGAUUUAUGAUAUCGGAGAAAUUUUAAAGAUUUGAUCUUCAGAUUUUGAUGGUAUCAGAUUGUGGUGUGAUAAGUUCCGAGCCUUGUGCAUUUGUGGGACUCGUCUCAUGAGUGCACGGCGUCUGUUGCGCCUCGGAUUUGGGUUCUGGGGCGUGACAACACACUAUUAUAAAUUCCUUAUUUUGCA